AAAGGUCUCUAAAACAAACAUAAAUUUGAAAUAUUCUUUUAAGAUCCCUAAUUAUCUCUCUCUCUCUCAAUUCUCUAUCUAAUCUUCUUGAAAAAAAACAUUCCCACAAACUCAUUCUUCCUCAUUCUCAUCGUACCCUUUUCUUGUUUCAUUCAUUCAAUUCAUUGAUUUGUUCAAAUUCAAUCUUGAUAUGGAAUUGAAAUCUCUGUUCAAAAUCAAGAAAAAGCGCGUAGCGAAGGCGAAUAACAACGAUCCAACGCCAGUGAUUUCUAGGUCAUCGUCGAUUAAUGCACGUGCUAGAAUCGAAGAGGAAUUAGAACAGGUGUUCAAGAAAUUCGACGUGAAUGGCGACGGGAAAAUCUGCUCGUCGGAGUUAGGGUCGAUAAUGGCCAGCCUCGGCAACGCCGCGACGGAGGAGGAGCUGCUCAACAUGAUCCGUGAAGUUGACGCCGACGGCGAUGGAUUCAUCGAUUUGCAGGAAUUCAUUGAGCUUAAUACAAAGGAUGUCGAUUCCGAUGAGGUACUGGAAAACCUUAAGGACGCAUUCUCGGUGUUUGACAUGGACAAGAACGGUUCCAUCUCGGCCGAGGAGCUGCAAACCGUCCUCCGCAGCCUCGGGGAGGAUUGCUCGUUGGCGGAAUGCCGGAAAAUGAUUAGCGGCGUGGAUUGCGACGGCGAUGGAAUGAUUAACUUCGAGGAGUUUAAGGUUAUGAUGAUUAAAGGUUCUCGCUUUGACGUAACGGAUGCCAGGAUUAUGUAAAUUUAGGUUCUUUUCUGAAUGUUCUAAUUUCAUUUCUUUAAUUCAAGAAAUAGGGUUUCAAACUCUAUUUAGAACCCAAAAAAAAGGAUGAUUUUAGGUGUUUUUUUACCCUUUAUUUUUAAUAUCUUUUGGAUAAAUCUUUUUAUAAUUUCAAGUAAUGAAUUAUGAUC